AUGAUGACGAAUGUGUCGGACUUGGGCGUAUCGGGUUGGGGCCAAACUAAGAGGCUCUUCGUUUCGGCCCCAAUUGUGGGACUAAGGCUUGAUACUUACGAGAAGAUGGAGAACUUCUGCGGUGACGGCACCCUGUGGUUCUUCUAUGACUGGGACAACGGCGAGAGUGAAAUCAAGGACUCCCAGAAGAACUGGUUGUAUUAUGAGGAUGGAAAGGGCCAGCAGCAGACUUGGAGUCUCAACCCCCCAGACGCACAACGCUAA